CCGGGCGGGCAGCCAGGUGAGUGCGCACGGGCGCUCCGAACGCUGCGGGCGGCUGUGUCCACCGGGGCGACUCCGGGUCAUGGAGGCGCGCGCGAGGGGCGCCGCGGACCCUAGGGGGAGCAGAGGAGGCCGCCGCCCUCCCCAGCCUACUGGCCCCAGCGCCAGGCAGCUUCUGGCGCGGCUGGACGCGCGCCCCCUGGCGGCCAGAGCCGCGGCCGAUGUGGCGGCGUUGGUCCGCAGGGCGGGGGCCACAUUGGGUCUACGCCCCAAAGAUGCCAUGAGCGAGCUGGAUUCUGCGGACAUAGAGGUCACGGACAGUCGCCUGCCUAAUCCCACUUUCGUGGAACACCGGCCCCAGCAUCGUCGGUCAGAGACCCUGGGGACACGGACUGUGCCGCCCCAAGUGACUCCGAUUAAGCCCGGGUAUGCUUCGAAGCCGCCCCAGGCCUCUGGGCCGUUCUGUGUGGAGCUGGUGCGCGGUUCUGCGGGCUUUGGCCUCACGCUGAGUGGAGGCCGAGAUGGGGCCAGAGACACGCCCCUGGCGGUGCGGGGGCUGCUGAGGGACGGGCCAGCACAGCGCAGCGGUCGCUUGCAGGCUGGUGACCUGGUGCUUCAAGUCAACGGCGUGUCAACGCAGGGUCUCACCCACACCCAGGUGGUGGAGCGGAUCCGCAGUGGAGGCCCCCGGCUGCAUCUGGUGCUGAGCAGGCCCCUGGAGACCCACCCCAGCAAGCCUGAGAGGGGGGGCGGACCCCACAGAGGAGAUGAUCGCAGCGCAGAUCCUGGGGGACCAGAGGCGACGAGGUCUCCUAGCGCCAGCGCCUCCCCACUUCCUCACCCUCCAUCCCCGACGACGACGCCCAAGACCCGGCCCAGCCCGGAGCCCAGCCCAGAGCGGGCAGCGGACCGCCUGGCGGUUCGUCCGGAGCGGGAGCGCCGCACGCAGGACCCAGACGACCGAUCCUCCGGUUCCCCAGGGCCCUGGCUGGUGCCCAGCGAGGAACGGCUUUCUCGGGCCCUGGGUGUCCCGGCCACCACCCAGCUGGCCCAAGAGAUGGCAGCUGGGAGGCGAAGGCACUGAGCAUGUCUGACGGCUGGUGCGCGCUUGGUCCUGCCCCACCUGGAGCCUCGCACUGGCCUGGCCAGCAGACUGCCUCUUGGCCUCGCCCCCUCCCGCUGCUGCUCAGUGGGCCAGCCUGCGUUCCCCUCACCGUGUCAGUGGUACGGCCCUUCCUCCCUCCCACCCGCCCGCCUGCCUGCGCUUCUUGUUUGGGCGGGGGAGGUAAUAAAUCGGUCCUCUCGGU